AGCAGCGAGUUGAUCAGCGGCGGAGUUUGGCGUUUAGUGAAGAAAUUAAAAUCACUCACAGUGUUGUCAGCGACCGAACCGACCAGUUCUAGUUCGAACUCCUACGCUCUAGCAGGAAAUUACCAGUCAAGACCCAAGAAAGGCCAAAAGCUAACCACAAGUUAGUCAAAAAACUUACAAAACACCCCGCACAUACACAACAAAACAGAAUCAUGUCUGAUGCACAGAGCGAUAACCCAAUCUACGGACCCUUCUUUGGCGUCAUGGGAGCAGCCUCAGCCAUCAUUUUCAGUGCUCUGGGAGCCGCCUAUGGUACCGCUAAGUCAGGAACUGGUAUCGCUGCUAUGUCAGUGAUGCGACCAGAAUUGAUCAUGAAAUCCAUCAUUCCCGUUGUCAUGGCUGGUAUUAUUGCCAUUUACGGUUUGGUCGUAGCUGUCCUUAUUGCUGGUGCUUUGGAAGACCCCACAACAUACACCUUGUACAAGGGUUUCAUUCAUUUGGGUGCCGGUUUGUCGGUAGGUUUCUCUGGUUUAGCGGCAGGUUUUGCGAUCGGUAUUGUUGGUGAUGCUGGUGUAAGAGGUACAGCACAACAGCCGCGUCUGUUCGUCGGUAUGAUUUUGAUUCUCAUUUUCGCUGAAGUAUUGGGUCUGUACGGUCUUAUUGUUGCCAUUUACUUGUACACAAAAUAAAUUUAUUCAACAAUUACAACCGCAAAUCCAACAUCCACAUCAAUUAAAACUAAAUAUGCAAACAAAUCAACCAACCAAACAAUCAUUAAAAUGCGUCAAGCAACAUUCAUCAAAGAAUUUUGUAAUAGUAUAAACGCAGCAGCAACAGAAAGAACAACAAUAACAAUAACAACAACCAAAGAAAGUAAAGGUGAAAAGAAUCAGCGACAGCAACAAGUACUACAACAACAGCCACAGAUAAACAACAACAUGAUUUUAGCAGCGUUAGCAGAUCUCAAGCAGAAUCGAAUGUGUUGGCUAUAAGAAAAAAAAGCCAAAGCAAAUUGAGAAGAAUGUAUCACAAGCGCGCGGCUGGUUUUUAAGAUCGAAAUAUUCCUAACGUCGAAGAAAGAAUAUUGGUUGGGACAGUUGAAUUGUUGCGAGACAAGUAAUUGCGCUAUCACAGCUCCCAACAUUUUCCACAUGCGUCAAGCCGAAAACUUUUUCGUCUAUAUGUAUGUCUAUCUAUAUUGUAUGUACAUAUAACCCAGCUUUAUUCUAUUUAUGUUAUGUUACUUUAUGAUUUUUUAUUUAUUUUCGGGGAACUAAGACCAUUAUCGAUAACAAAAACAAAAAAAUCCUACAAUCUAUAUUUGUAUAUACAUAAAGUAACCUAAUGUUAAACUAAAAAAGAAAGAGUCUGGGUUUCUUUUUUCGCCAUGAAGAAAAUGAUGAUCAGAAAAUAACUACGGGAAUGAUAUUAAUAUCUCAAAAACUUUUGCACAUCGGAGAUAGAUCGCAACAAACGUCGCUGCCAACAUUUUUGUGUAGUUAACCUAUUUUGUUGAAAAAAUGUUUUUGCUGUGAAAUUUAA